AUGGCUCACCUGGGUGAACGCAAAUGGACUCACGUGUUCCCUUUUCUGGUGGUCUCCCUGGUGUACUCCGCCAGCGCCGAAUACUCCAACUGCGGUGAGAACGAAUACUACAACCAGACCACUGGCAUGUGCCACGACUGCCCCAAGUGCGAGCCGGGCGAAGAGCCUUACAUGACAUGUGGAUAUGGCACCAAAGAUGAGGACUAUGGCUGCAUCCCCUGCCCUUCAGAGAAGUUUUCCAGAGGAGGUUACCAGAUAUGCAGGCGGCACAAAGACUGCGAGGGUUUUUUCCGAGCCACAGUCAUGACACCUGGUGAUCAGGAGAAUGAUGCAGAGUGUGGUCCUUGUCUCCCAGGUUACUACAUGCUGGAAAACAGACCUCGAAACAUAUAUGGGAUGGUUUGCUACUCGUGCUUGUUGGCGCCUCCUAACACCAAGGAAUGUGCGGGGGCUACCUCUGGCAUUUCAGCCAUUUUCCCAAGUACCUCUGGCACAAGCACUUUCUCACCUUACCAGCACGCUCACAAAGAUCUUUCAGGACAAGGACAUCUGGCUACAGCUCUUAUAAUUGCAAUGUCUACCAUAUUCAUCAUGGCUAUUGCCAUUGUCCUCAUCAUCAUGUUUUACAUUGUGAAAACAAAACCUUCUGCUCAAGCCUGUUGCAAGAGCCACUCAGUAAAAAAUGUUGAAGCUCAGGCUAACACACAAGAAGAGAAGAAAGAAGUACAAGAAAAUGUUGUGAUAUUCUCUGAGAAAGAAGAGUUUGAAAAACUUACAGCAACUCCAGCUAAGGCUGUUAAAAGUGAAAAUGAUGCAUCUUCUGAGAAUGAACGACUUUUAAGUCGUAGUAUGGAUAGUGAUGAAGAAGCUGCAGUUGACAAACAAGGGACUCCAGAGAGAUGCUUGUUAUCUUUAGUGCAUUUGGCCAGAGAUAAAUCUUCUACAAGCAAUAAAUCAACUGGGAUUCAAAGUCGAAGGAAAAAGAUACUUGACGUGUAUGCUAACGUAUGCGAUGUUGCAGAAGGUCUGAGCCCUACGGAGCUGCCAUUUGAUUGCCUGGAGAAGACCAGCCGAAUGCUCAGCUCAACCUACAACACAGAAAAAGCCAUAGUGAAAACGUGGCGCCACCUUGCCGAGAGCUUUGGACUGAAGAGAGAUGAGAUAGGUGGUAUGACAGAUGGCAUGCAGCUAUUUGAUCGCAUCAGCACAGCAGGUUACAGCAUCCCAGAACUGCUAACCAAACUGGUGCAAAUCGAGCGGCUGGAUGCUGUCGAAUCCUUGUGUGCGGAUAUUCUGGAGUGGGCACAAGCCAUGCCUGCUCCUGAACCAGCAGGGACAUCCUGA